UAAGUGCAGCCGCCUUCCUCUGUCCCUGGAAGACAGUCCACUUACAUGCAGCUCCAGGGCUGCAAGGCACCCACCAGCAUCACUCUCUGUGCGAGGUGGCAAAUGCAACAUGCUGUCCAGCUUGGGGUGUCUACUUUUCUGUGGAAGUAUUGCACUUGCCCUGGGAAAUGCACAGAAAUUGCCAAAAGGUAAAAAGCCGAGCCUGAAAGUCCACAUCAAUUCCACCAGUGACUCCAUCCUCCUGAAGUUCCUGCGUCCAAAUCCAAAUGUAAAGCUCGAAGGUUUUCUCCUGGGCUAUGGCAGCAACACAUCUCCCAACCAAUACUUCCCUCUUCCCACAGAAGGAAAAUACACCGAAGCUGUAGUUGAUGCAGAGCCAAAGUAUCUGAUAGUUGUACGACCUGUUCCCCCUCCAAGUCAAAAGAAGUCAUGUUCAGGUAAAGCUCGUCCUCGUAAACCUCUCCAGAUGGUGGUUGGCACUCUGACACCAAGCUCAGUCUUCCUGUCCUGGGGUUUCCUCAUCAAUCCACACCACGACUGGACUCUGCCGAGUCAUUGUCCCAAUGACAGAUUUUAUACAAUUCGCUAUAGAGAAAAGGAUAAAGAAAAGAAAUGGAUUUUUCAACUCUGUCCAGCCACUGAAACAAUUGUAGAGAAUCUAAAGCCCAACACAGUUUAUGAAUUUGGAGUAAAAGACAAUGUAGAAGGUGGAAUUUGGAGUAAGAUUUUCAAUCACAAGACUAUUAUUGGAAGUAAAAACAAAGUAAAUGGGAAAAUCCAAAGUACGUAUGACCAAGUCCACACAGUGCCAGCAUAUGUCCCAAGGAAGCUAAUCCCAAUAACAAUCAUCAAGCAAGUGAUUCAGAACGUUACUCACAAAGCUUCAAUUAAAUCCCCAGAUAAGAUUCCCUUUGGAGGAACAAUAUUAGUCCACCUCAUUAUUCCAGGUCUUAAUGAAAGCACUGUAAAACUUCCUUCAUCCAUAAUGCUUGAGAUUUCAGAUGCACUCAAGGCACAAUUAGCUAAUAAUGAAACCUUGGCAUUACCUGCAGAAUCUAAAACCCCAGAAAUGGAAAAAAUCACAGCACAGCACAUAACAGUGACUCCUGAAACAGUUCCAAGAACCACUAAACCCACUAUGUCUAGUACAUUAGACGUUUCAGAAACAACACUGGUUCUCACCCAAAGGGCCCCGGAAACAUUGCAAACUAUUCUAUCACCUAAGUUUGAAUUGCCACUGAGCACUCUAGCUCCAAAAAGGUUUCCAGAAUUUCCUGAAGCAAAAACAUCCUUCCCUUUUGAGAAGCCUGGGGUUACCAUGGUAACACAGGAAAAGUCAUGGAUGGCACCUACAGCUAAAACAUCAGAAGAUUCCAAAGUUGUAAAGCCUCAAACUGCAACAAGUGAUCCUAUUCUGGAUUCUGUCCCACCUAAAACUUCUAGAACUCUUGAACAGCCAAGAGCAACACUGGCUCCAAGUGAAACACCAUUUAUUCCUCAAAAAGUGGAAACUUUUACCAGUCCUGCAAUGAAACCUACAACAUCUGCUCCCCAGCAAACUACGUCUGUCCCCUCUCCACCUAAACGGCGCCUCAGACCCAAAAUUCCAAGAACCACACUUGCCCCAGAACCUCUGACUUUACCACCACCACAGUCAACAAAAGCUCCACCAAAGACCAAACGACCCGGUCGUCGCCCCCGCCCUAAACCUACACGUAGCCCAGAAGUGCCCAAGUCCAAACCUGCUCUGGAACCAGCUACAGUAUACCCGGAGUCCCUGGUACCCAGAAUCGUACCUAAACCAUCUAAGAGACCUAAAACUUCACACAGAUCAGAUGUACCCCAAAUCAAGCCUGAUUCAAAGCCACCAGUUCAAUUACUUCCUAAACCCCAAAUCACAGCAAAUCCAGAUAUGCCAGCAACAAAAUCCACCUUUGAGCUGGUUACAUUUGAGACUGAAGCUCUGUCCUUAACUAUAGUUCCUACCACAGAUAUUGAACCAGUAAUUCUGAGAACUGAGACUCCAGUGACAACAUUAGCUCCAAAAAUAACACAACGAGCAAGAACUCGUCGUCCGCGGCCCAAACAUAAAAGCACAUUAAACCCAAAGAUACCUCAGACUAAACCAGAUUUUGGACCUGUUACUCCUGGACCACCUUUAGCUCCAACAAAAAGAACCCACCAUCCACAUCCCAUACCUAAACCCACGCACCAUCCAGAAGUACUUCAGACAAUACUGGUUCCUGCCACAAUUGCCGAACCAGUUAUUCUUAGAACCAAGGCUCCAGGAACACUAGUUCCUACUGCAGUCCUUGAACAAGUUACUCCUGUAAAAGAGGCUCCAGAAGCAGCAAUUGUUCCUGGUACAGAUGCUGAACCUGUUACAGAACUUGAACCUGUUACUUUUAGAACUGAGACCUCUGAGGUGACAUUAGCUACCAAAAUAACAAAAAGAACCCGUCGUCCACGACCCAGACCUAAAACCACACCAAGACCUCAAGCACCUCAGACCAAGCUGGUUCCUACUAUAGUUAUUGAACCUGUCACUCUUAAACCAGAGGCUGCAGGAACAACAUUAGCUCCCAAACCAUCACAACGGACACAUCACCCAUGUCCCAGACCAAAACCCAUACCAAGUCUUGAAGCACCUGAGUCUAAACCAGUUUGGCCAGUUCCUACUGCAGGGCUUGAAACUGUGACACUCAGAACUGAGACCUGGGUAACAACACAAGCUCCUAAAACAUCCAAAAGGACUCGUCGUCCACGUCCCAAACCUAAAACCACACCAAGUCCUAAGACUUUUCAAAUCAAACCCGGUAAAUUUCCUGCUACAGAUCUUGAACCUGGUACUCUUAGAACUGGAGCUCCAGACACCAUGGUUCUGACUACAGUCCUUGAACCUGUCUCUCUUAUAACCAAGGCUCCAGAAACAACUUUAGCUCUUAAAAUACUACGAACACGUCGCCCACGGCCCAGACCUAAGACCACAUCCAGUCCUGAAGCAUCUCAGACAAAAUUGGUUCCUAUUCCAGGCUUUGAACCUGAUAUUCAUAGUACGGGGGCUCCAGAAACAACAUUAGCUCCCACUGAACUGCAAACUCUUAUUUUGAAACCAGUGACAUCACCAAGCUUAGAAAUGGGAUACAGUCAACCUGUUUCUGAUAUUCUGGAAUCAGUUACAUUUAAUACCGAGUCAACAAAGGAGACUAUAGCACCUGCUGAAACAGAUUAUAUAUAUCCCACUACAAAAAUACCUCUCAGGCCAGAGGAGCCAAAGACUGAAGCUGUGGAAUCUGUUACAUAUGUGUCUGAACCUCCUGAGAUCACACUAGCUCUCAGGCAGACACCACAUACUCCUCCCAAGACAAAAACAUCACAACAUCCAAGAAUCCCACAAACACAACCAGUUCCUAAAGGAUCUCCGAGCACUACUUCAAAACUCAAAAUGCCACCAAGCCCAGAAGUGUCAUACACUACAUCUGGUCCAGAAUAUGUGCCCCUUCCCCAUGAACCAGACCCUGAGGUCUCUCAGAGUGAACCUGUUCUGCAACCUGUUACCUUUAGAAUUGAGCCACCAAAGACAACAAUAGCUCCAUUAGAGACACGAAGGAUCCCUUUCAUACCUAUAAUUUCACCAAGCCUUAGUCAAGAGGAACUACAACCCACUCUUGAAAAAAUAGACCAAUCUACCCAAGAGCUCUUCACAACUAAGAUUCCACGAACAACUGAAUUGGCAAAGACAACUCCAGCACUGCACAGAUACUACACUACUCCUGGAAGGUCCAGAAUACCUGACAAAUCACACAUCAGACCUGUUCUGAACAGGACAACUAUCAAACCUAUUAGACCCAAACCUAGUAGGAUACCCAGCAGGAAUGGAGUGGGAACAGGGGCCAAACAAGCACCCAAGCCAUCAGGCAGUGGUAGGAAUGUUUCAGUAGAUUCUACCCAAUCCACAAGAAAACCAGCUACAGUUCCAAGGACUCACCGCCUACCUCUGCCACCUAGACCUGUGCCCCCACGAAGAAAACCUUUACCACCAAAUAAUGUCACCGGAAAGCCAGGAAGCUCAAGAAUUAUUUCAUCACUAGUAACUUCCCCGCCACCUAGGGCAACACUCAAACCUACUGAAACCACCACAGAGAGGCAAGAAACAGACAGAAAACAACCAACAGCUCCUGCCUCUGGAGAAGAACUCGGUAAUACAACUGACUUUAGCUCAAGCCCAACAAGAGAAACUGAUCAUCUUGGGAAGCCCAGAUUCAAAGGUCCUCAUGUGAGAUACAUCCCAAAGCCUGACAACAGGCCCUGCUCCAUCACAGACUCCAUCAAACGCUUCCCCACAGAGGAAGCCAUGGAGGGGAAUGCCACCAGCCCACCACAGAACCCUCCCACCAACCUCACUGUGGUCACUGUGGAAGGGUGCCCCUCGUUUGUCAUCUUGGACUGGGAAAAGCCAUUAAAUGACACUGUCACUGAAUAUGAAGUUAUAUCCAGAGAAAAUGGGUCAUUCAGCGGGAAGAACAAGUCCAUUCAAAUUACAAAUCAAACUUUCUCCACAGUGGAAAAUCUGAAACCAGACACAAGCUAUGAAUUCCAGGUGAAACCUAAAAAUCCACUUGGUGAAGGCCCAGCCAGCAACACAGUGGCAUUCAGUACUGAAUCAGCUGACCCAAGAGUAAGCGAGCCAGUUUCUGGAGGAAGAGAUGCCAUCUGGACUGAAAGACCCUUUAACUCAGACUCUUACUCAGAAUGCAAAGGCAAACAAUAUGUCAAAAGGACAUGGUAUAAAAAAUUUGUAGGCGUGCAGCUGUGCAACUCUCUUAGAUACAAGAUUUACCUGAGUGACUCCCUUACAGGAAAAUUUUAUAACAUAGGCGAUCAGAGGGGCCAUGGAGAGGAUCACUGUCAGUUUGUGGAUUCAUUUUUAGAUGGUCGCACAGGACAGCAUCUCUUUUCUGAUCAGUUACCCACCAAAGAAGGCUAUUUCAGAGCAGUUCGCCAAGAACCUGUCCAAUUUGGAGAAAUAGGUGGUCACACCCAGAUCAAUUAUGUCCAGUGGUAUGAGUGUGGAACUACAAUUCCUGGAAAAUGGUAGAUGCUAUAAUCAUGCUCCAAGUACUUCUGGUUCAUAUGGCCAAAAUAAAUCCCUCAAAAACCAAACCAACAAAAACACCCCACUAUGGUAUUUUCUCAUCCAUUUAAAACAAUUUUGUUUACUAUGUAUUAAAGCCUGCAAUCUAGCAACAAUAUUAGGUGUUUAGAAGAAAAAGGUUGCUGAGAAUAUUUAUCAGUUUUUACAAAGUCAUUUUAACAAAGGAAGAUAUUGACAUUUUAACAGAAUAACAUUUUUAGGGAAGCUGGCUCCCUAUUCAUGGUAUUUUAAGAGAUCAUUUGUAUAUUAUUUAUCACAUUGUUGUAAUGAUGUUUUGAGAUACUUUUAUAACAAAAUUAACAUCAAAAACAUAAUAUACUUUUAAAAAUAUUUACUUUUACUGAUGUGUAUGCUUCUUACUGGUGAGUUAAUUUCUUAAAUCUCUACUUAGUUUAACUUAUUAGAUCAAAUUAUCUUCAGCAUAAGUAUCUGGGGAAAACAGGUCUUAAUGUUUAGUUAAACAAAUUUUUUAGCAACAGCUGAACAGAUUUCUGAGGCAUGUAUAUGUUCAUGCUAAUGAAAAUUUCCAUGAAAUAUCAGCAAUUACUAAAAAAAUUUGAAUUAGUAAUUUCAUUUUGACUAAAAGCGGAGGUCAAAUCUGAUAUAUUGCUUUAAAAGUAUACUAGUAUCUGAAUAUACUUUGUCAAACUAGCCCUUUAACCAAUUGUUUUUAACCAAUGUUGUUUUUAUGAUUCUAAUCAAACUGUAUGCGGGUUGAAUGUGAAGUUUGAGCAUGAAAAGAUAAUGCACCACAUGAUUCCUACCAUUUUACAAAUGGCUAUUUGCAAAAUAUUUAUACAUUAGACCUCUAUGAAUGAAUGUAUCAGGGUGUUUCUGUAAUUCUCUUUAACUCAAGGUGUAAUAAAAAUCUGACUCAUUUUCAUUAAAAUGCAUUGUUUUUAUUCAUGCUGGAGAGGGAGAUGGAAAUGGUACAUUGUUACCCUUAUUAUGGAAAGACCUUUUCCUAUGCUUAUUUUACAACAUGGUUCUCUCUUUUUUUUUUUUUUUGGUA